CCCUGGCAGCAGGUCCGGAGCCGGGCACUCGGCGCGUGGCCGCCCCCAGGUGGGCACACUGGGUGGCAUGGCCUGACCUUCUGGAUGGCCAUGGAGCCUGGUGGUGACAAGGGCGCCACAUAGCUGCUCCCACUAGCGUGUCCGCCCAGCCCAUCCUCAGCAGCAGCAGAGCUCAUGGACUUGAAGACCGUGCUCUCCCUGCCCCAGUACCCAGGGGACUUCCUGCACCCCGUGGUGUACGCCUGCACCGCUGUCAUGCUUCUGUGUCUCCUCGCCUCUGUGGUCACCUACCUCGUGCACCAGAGCGCCAUCCGCAUCAGCAGGAAGAGCCGGCACUCGCUCCUCAACUUCUGCCUCCAUGCCGGCCUCGCCGUCACGGCCUUCGCUGGGGGUGUGAACCGCACACAGUACCCAGUGCUGUGCCAGGCGGUGGGUGUGGUCCUCCACUACUCCUCGCUCUCCGCCAUGCUCUGGAUCUGUGUGGCCGCUGGCCACAUCUACCAGCAGGUGACCAAGAAGGGUGCACCCUGCCCUGCUGCUGACCCUCCUUUGGCCCCCCGGCAGCCCCUGCUCAGGCUCUAUCUCAUCGGUGGAGGGGUUCCCUUCAUCAUCUGUGGAGUCACAGCCGCCACCAACAUCCAGAAUUACGGGAAGGAGGACGAGGGCACAGCCUACUGCUGGAUGUCAUGGGAGCCCAGCCUGGGCGCCUUCUACGGGCCGGCGGCCUUCACGGCACUGCUCACCUGCGGGCUGCUCCUAGGCGGCCUGGUGCAGCUGCGGCGCCACCCAGAGCGCAGGUAUGAGCUGCGGGCGCCCACGGAGCCUCGGAGGGCGGGGGGCACAGGGCCCUGCCUGCGGGUGUCCCCCGGGGCCCCGCCCUGCCCGCUGGCGGCCUCGCUGCUGCAGAACGAGCACUCGCUGGCCGCCCAGCUGCGUGCGGCCGCGUGCACGCUCUUCCUGUCGGCCGCCACCUGGGCCUUCGGGGCGCUGGCCGUGUCGCAGGAGCCCGUCCUGGACAUGGUCUUCAGCUGCCUGUACGGCGCCUUCUGCGUCUCUCUGGGCCUCUUCGUGCUCAUCCACCACUGCGCCAAGCGCGAGGACGUGUGGCACUGCUGGUGGGCCUGCUGCCCCCGCCGCCCCCCUGUGCCAGACGCCCCGGGGGAGGCCCCGCCGGACGCCCCCGGCCCCGCUCGAGGCCGCUGCAAAGGGCGCGACGUGCGGGCCACCCAGGGCCAGGCCCGCUGCCUGUCUCCCGUCACGCCCUGCUGCGGCCAGCUAGCCCGGGAGACCCUACUGGAGGACGGCACUCACCUGCGCCUGCCCGGGGACACCUGUGACCAUGGCCUGCGUGACCACAGCCUGCACCUGCCCGGGGAAACCUGUGACCACGGUCUGUGUGACCACGGCCUGCACCUGCCCGAGGACACCUGUGAUCACAGCCUGCACCUGCCAGGAGACACCUGUGACCACGGCCUGUGUGACCAUGACCUGCACCUGCCCGAGGGCCUGUGUGACCACGGCCUGUGUGACCAUGACCUGCACCUGCCCGGGGACACCUGUGACCAUGGCCUGUGUGACCACGGCCUGCCCCUGAACGGCUGCCUGCCGCCCCGGACGCCACCCCUGGGCUUCUUCUCCCGGCCACGGAUGGCUGAGCGGGACUACGGCUUCCACGUCCAGCCCGGCCCAGACGGCAGCACCCCCAGCUCCUGCUCAGACAGUGACCCCAGCUCGCUGGCCUGCUGUGCAUUGGCCGAGCCCUUUCCACUGGACGCCAGGGCCUCCCGGGCCAGCCCCCCGCCCUGUGGCUAUGCUGUGGGGCCGCCCCCCUUGGAGAUGCUCCACAGCACACAGCCGCUGGCUUUCAGGGGCCUCGGGCAGAAUGGGGGGCUCAAGGGCGAGGUGCUGGGAGCUGAGCGCAACAUCCGCACCGGGCCCUGGAGGAACGAGACCACAGUGUAGGCCCAGGUCCGGCCUGAACACCACAGACCUGGUGGAGACUGGGAGGAGACCACCACGGCUACUGGUACUGACCUGCCGAGGGGGGGCCGUGGACCUGGCCCGGGCAGGGUCACUGACACAGGAGUGUCCCUGAGAGCCACAUGGAGCCAGGUCCCAGUCAUCAGGAGCUCUGGUCCACGGAUGGUGAGAAACGCUGGGCUCCUGGCUCUCGCACUCAGUGUCCCCUCCUGUCCCUCCUCAUCCCUGGCCGGGACAUAAGACAAGCGCCUCUGCCUGAUGAAUUUCAGCUUCAGCUGGGCCUGGACACAGCGGGGCUCCACUGGCCUGAGCCCCCAACCCGGCAUGCUCACGAGCCCUGGGUCACCUGGGAAGCACUGCCUGCAGAGCCCACAGGCCCCCCGUGUCCCCGCCACUGAGACAGGCCUGCUGGGGACAGGAGAGUCCAGCACCCACGGGCCCCGGACAGUGGACGUAAAUCAGCCCGACCCUGCACCACGCCGGGGGGCCUUGUGGAUGACCCCAAGCAGCCCACCGACAUGGGUCCCUGAGGCCCCCAGAGCCACGCUCACCGUCCUCACCCUGCAAAGGCAGGCAGGCCUUGGGGUCCACACGGGGGCUCACUCUCAGGACUCGGGACCCUCAGCGUCAUCACCCCACGCCCCGCCCUGUGUGCUCAAGGUGGCCAACUGGGCCCCAUACCCACAGUGAGUCUGCCCACGCUGCCCAGCCAGUCCACCCAUUUCCAUAGCCCACUCAAACCCAAGGCCAGCGCUGUGCUGUAGCAGCAGGGUCACCGGGGCAAUAAACCUCUCGCAGUGUC